ACCACCACCACCAACGGUGAGAAGAAGAGAUGUCGAAACGAGAGGAAAUGUCUGACAGUCGAGAGUCGCACGGGGCUUGCGCCACCGCGGUAGAGAAAAACAUGUCGACGAGGAGGAAGACGGGGAGGACGAAAACGAUCCCGCCGGACGGUGGAUGGGGCUGGGUGGUCCUAUUUUCCGCCCUCGUCGUCAACUUCCUCAUCCCCGGCACCGUCAAGUCCUUCGGCGUGCUGUUCGUCGAGUUUCUGCACGUUUUCAAGGCGUCAUCCACGGCGGCCUCCUGGAUGCCGGCGUUAUGCUACUUCUUGUACAGCUCGUUAGGUCCUUUAUCUAGUAUUCUGUCGACCAAGUACUCCUAUAGAACAGUAACUCUCAUCGGCGGCACCUUUGCGGCCAGUGGCAUGAUGCUGAGCUACUUCGCCAAUUCGGUUACUUAUCUUUACGUCAGUUACGGUCUUAUGGUCGGGAUCGGGGCUGGAUUAUCGUUUCCACCGACGGUCUACAUCGUCACGCAAUACUUCGAGAAGCUACGGGGGAUGGCGAACGGUCUGUGCAUUUCCGGUAGUGCGAUCGGCACUAUAGUGCUGCCGCCGUUACUACAGUAUCUCUUGGACUGCUUCGGAUACAGAGGAGCUGUGCUCAUCAUGGGUGCGAUCACGCUGAACACGCUGGUCUGCGGCCUCCUGUACCACCCGGUCGAGCAGCACAUGAAAAUUGUGCCCCUGGACGAGGGUGUCGAUAACGAGGCGCUGACCCUCGACGAGCCUGCUCUCGGCGUGAAGCGGGAGUCGACCACCGAGAGGACGGGGGAGGACGUGAGAUUCGACGGCGACGGGCCGAUACGCAAGUUCUCGGAUCUUUCGCACAACGUGGUGCUGAAGUCGACCACCGAGAAGGCGUCCCGUGUCGAGCCCGAAAGGAAAUUGGCUUACAAGACGAACGAGACGGUCGUGGGGUUGCGCUACAACGCCGUCGAGGACAGCGACUCGUGGAGCACGCAGGAGGAGAUCCCGCGGGAGAAUGUCGGGAACGAGUUUCGCAUGCGGUCGUCUCGCCCGGGUCUCGCCGGGGAGGACGACGACAGUCAUCCGAGCAGCGAUACACGUAACUCAUCGCGGCGAGGCAGUUUUGCCGCUGAGAAAGACGUUAGGUCGCAAUUGGACUCCGUGAAGGCUGCGGGAGAGAGCGCGACGGAGGACAGCAGCAGGGUGCAGCGCGUCGAGGAGCCGAAGCGGGACGACGCGCGCUCGAGAUCGAUCCGCGGGACGUCGAAGAAGCGCGGCGACGGCAGCAGCAAGGCCGAGAAGGCGCCCUUCUUCGACCUGAGCGUGCUGAGGGAUCCCAUUUACCUGGUGAUCCUCAUCUCCAACUCCACGUCGGCCAUCAGCAACACGAACUUCAUGAUCCUACUGCCGUCCUACGCGAUCGCCGAGGGCUUCGACAAGAACUCGUCGGCCCUGCUGCUGUCCGUGGUCUCGGCGCUGGACCUGAUCGGCAGGAUCGGCGGCGCGUCCCUGUCGGACAUCGACUUCAUGCCCAAGUACUACUACUUCGUCGGCGGGCUCGGCACCAGCGGGAUCGCGCUGGCCCUGCUACCGAUGGCGACCAGCUACACCAUGCUGUCGUUCUUCUGCGGCCUCUUCGGCCUGUCGUCGGGCAUGUACAUCGGCAUCACCACGGUCAUCCUCGCGGACAUGCUCGGCACGGAGAAGCUCAGCUCGUCCUACGGGAUCUCGCUGUUCGUCAACGGCGUGCUGCAGCUCGUCGGGCCGCCCGUUUGCGGUAUCAUCUUCGAGAACGUGCUCUCGUACAAGCCGAUUUUCUUGGCCUUCGGGAUCAUCCUGAUCUUGGGCACCGCACUCUGGGCGGUGGUGCCGCUCAUCAAUAGAAGCAACAAGAAGGACAUAGAAUUGGCGAUAUAGAAUUCCCGCGGAUGGUCGAUCUACCGCGGCGCUUCGACGACGACGACGACGUGUGUCUUCCGACGAAUCGAUUUACAAAUGAGCGUUCCGUAAAAGACUUUAAGUAUUACAAUUAUGCGAUCGAGUUGUUGGAGAUUCAACAACAACGUUCUUAGAUACUUUUAAACUGUGGAACAGCCAACACUCUUAAAUCGUUGUAUAUUUCUAGGUGAAUUUGAGACAGACACUUGUGUGUUUUUUUUUAAAUAUUUGUGCUUUAAGAGAAUGCUAAAGCCGUCUGUUUUAUCGACAA